AUGACCGGAUCUCAGAGAUUGGCCACUCACAAUAAUCCGCACAUCCAAAAAGUAGCCGUAUUGCAACGUAAGCCCCACCAGGAAGAUGCACUGCUCUUAAUAAAGAAAAUUGCACACAAAGUGUCCUACUUAAUGAAGGAAAACCAUUUCAAGGUGGUCAGCCUGGUGGAAUUCUAUCCACGCGAUCAAAGGCUUUUGGGGAUGAACGUCAAUCAUGGGUUUAAGAUUAUGCUACGGUUACGAUGCCCCACGGAUGAGUUCCAAUUCUUGCCUAUAGAAUCGAUAAUGGGCACCAUGUUACACGAAUUAACUCACAACUUAUUUGGACCACACGACAAGACGUUUUACGAUAAGUUGGACGCUUUGAUUGGAAGACAAUGGGUUAUUGAGCAGAGAGGACUGUAUGAUACAUUUUUGGGGAACGGCAAACGUCUUGGUGGAAGAUCAAACGUACGUUCGAAUAGGUACCCCGUGACAGGGAUAAGUACCGAUACGGAAAGAGUGAGACGAAGGGGCAAAGGUAUUAAGUUGGGGAGUCUGAGUUCGCCGGGCCUUUCUCCUAUGAACAGGGGCAAAUCUCCAAGAGAGAUGGCUGCCUUGGCAGCCGAAAGAAGAUAUAAAGACGAUCGUUGGUGUGGUGAGAGUAAAAAUAACAAGGAUCAAAUAAUUAGUGAUAAUAAUGACGACUUAUUGGAAGUUGUGGUACUCGAGGAUGAGCAGGAACCUCCGAGAGACACUACUGAAGUUAUUGAUCUUACGUAA